AUUUAUGCGUUUUUGCACUCUAAAAUAGUUUGUUGUACCAGCCCCCCAAGGUGUAAAAAUAAUUAUAAGAGAGAGAGAGGAUCUGUGGCCUGGAGCCCCUCAUUUAACCUUGGGAUAGGGGAAUUGUAUUUGUUUUUCCUGAUAGAAUUUGUUUCCCCACUAGUCAAUUUUUAUGAAUUUUCCUUCUGCAGCACAUUACAGAUGACAGCCUUUUUUCAGGGCAACCAUAAAUGAUAUUCCUCUAUCUUCCCCAGAGAAAAAAUAAAUUUUUACUGCUCCUAAUAUGCUUUGUGGAUGUUCUAACAUGUAUCUUCUAUCAAGAUCCAACCAGUGAGAGUCCCAAAACACAAAUCAAAUCCAGCUCAUCAAAUAAAAUAAAAUUUUACUACACCAAUAGCUGCAAUUAAUUAUUUUUAAGUUGGAAAAAGCUCUCAUCUCAUCGCUUCGUUUGCUUUCUGUCUUUGGGGCACCGCACCGGUGGUAAUGUGUUGGGCUCUGUGUACUUUGCCAUCCGACCCCCUCAAACAAGGAAAAUGUUCGGAAUGUAUACUCGUUGUGCUAGUAUAUAAAGAGCAGAAUAUCUCCCUUGUGGCCCACCCAUACCUCUAUUCAGAAUUCUGAUGUAUAGGUGAUAUCAGAAUUCAGAAAAAAAAAAAAAGGAGAAAAAAAUCCACGGAAAACGGGUCCAGCUGUUUUGAUGGGGUCCAUAGACGCAUGAUACAGAAUGUCACGUGUCCAGUAAUUGUGUUGCAUGGCCCAUGAUUCAGGUCUGGGACGAUAGACACGAGACUUCCCCUAAUUAAAAAAACACAAAGCCAAAAAGGGAAAUUCUACUUGCUACUACUAAGUCCUAACCCUUGUGUGCUGCAGGAGGGCAAACCCGCAAAACAAAGGUCCGUCCUUCGGCGACCGGUCACUUCUUCCAACCCUGUACUCUUUCAUCGAGAGAGAGAGAGAGAGAGAGAGAGAGAGAGAUGCCUCAAGCCGAGUCUUUUGGCCUCUCUUUCUUUAUCUUCUUCUCUGUUCUAUAAUGAAACCAAGAUCUGAAAAACUAUUCUUUGGUGGAGAAAAAUGGCUUUGAAUCAUCAAAACUCUACAUUCGUUGUCGAUGCUCUUUAUUGUUCAGAAGAAAAUUGGGAGGAAGAAGUCAGAGAAGACCAUUUUCUAGAGGUAGAAGAAGAAAGUUGUUACAGUAACGGGAUUAAUAAAACAUACCCUUUUCCAAUCUUGUUAGAACAAGACUUAUUCUGGGAAGAUGAUGAACUUUCCUCUUUACUUUCAAAGGAAGAGCAAAAUCAACUGUACGAUGGCCUUCAAACCAAUGGGAAUCUAGCUGCGGCUCGCCGUGAAGCUGUGGAAUGGAUGUUAAAAAUCAAUGCUCACUAUUCCUUCUCUGCUCUAACUGCUGUUCUGGCUGUCAACUAUCUAGAUAGAUUCUUGUUUAGCUUCCGGUUCCAAAAUGAGAAGCCAUGGAUGAGUCAACUAGCUGCUGUAGCUUGUCUUUCUCUUGCAGCCAAAGUGGAGGAAACCCAAGUUCCUCUCCUAUUGGACCUACAAGUGGAGGAGAGCAGGUAUGUGUUUGAAGCCAAAGCUAUCCAAAGAAUGGAGGUUUUGGUACUGUCCAGUCUUCAAUGGAAGAUGAACCCUGUAACCCCACUUUCAUUUCUUGAUUACAUUGCAAGGAGGCUUGGACUAAAGGACCAUCUUUGUUGGGAAUUUCUUAGGAGAUGUGGCCGCAUUCUGCUCUCUGUCAUUUCAGAUUCUAGGUUUAUGUGCUACCUUCCUUCUGUAAUGGCCACUGCUACAAUGCUGCACGUUGUGGAUAGUGUAGAACCUAAUCUUAGAGUAGAAUACCAAAACCAGCUAUUAGGCAUCCUGGGAAUUGAUAAGCAGGAGAAGGUAGAUGACUGCUGUAAGUUGAUAAUGGAAUUGGCAACAAGAGUCGAAGGCAACCAAUCAAACAAGCGCAGGUUUAGCUCCAUUCCAGGAAGCCCAAAUGGCGUAAUGGAAGUGUCGUUUAGUUCUGAUAGCUCAAACGACUCCUGGGCAGUGGCAUCAUCUGUGUCUUCCUCACCUGAGCCUGUGUCCAAGAAGAGCAGAACUCAACAAGAGCAGCUUCUGCGCAGGCUAAGCCAUGAUCCUUCAAACUUUCUCAGCAUUCCUCGCUAAUUUCCCUCUUCAAGUCCUCUCUUCUUUUUUUACCUCUCCUGGACUAUAAAUAGUCUUAUGUAAUAAUAUUGCUGUGCUUUUUUAUGAUGCAAGUUAAAUUGCUUACCAUCUCUGCAUUUUCCAAUCCAGAAACCCCCAAUUGAGUCAGAUCUUCAGUUUCUGAUUCUUAGUCGUCUCUUUAGGCUGAUUGGUGCGGAGAAUUGGAAGCAGAGAUGGUUUGCAUUUUAUCCGGGUGAAAGUAGAAGAAAAAAAAAACAAAUAUGAACAUAGUAAUGCAGAGUCCUUGCAUUUCAACGUUAUUCUCUUUUGUUUUAUGAACAUAAUGUUAAUUUCACUAGUUCACAAUAAAUCAAAACAAAAAAUGUCACAUUUCUAAUAAACUAUGCCCUCAUUGGUCUUAUUUCUUA